UUCACGGCGCAACAGAGAGAGAGAGAAAGAGAGAGGCAGAGAGAGCAAAGCGACUCAAGGCGCAAGGUCGACACCGACGCGAACCUCCUCCACUGGAGCGCCUCUCAAGUUGAGCUGAAGAAAGACACCGAGGUUUGGAACUCGACUCGCUAUUAACUUCGACUGCUCUUCUCCUGUUACACACGCAAUUGGUGAAACCAGAGCGAGUGGUGGAAAUCCCUCACUUCUCUGGCGAGGGAACGUGGCAUCGAACCAGCCCAGCCAUGGAGUCCCGUGCCUGCGCUCGUUAUCGUAGGAUGUCUCCUCCUACUUGGCCUUGCCCCCGUCUCUCUAGCCUCGCCGUACGACGAUCGAUCUCAGUCGACCGACUGGUCUGCGUGCAGCCGCACCUGCGGCGGAGGCAUCAUGUUCCGCCAGAGUCCGUGUCACUCUCGCAGGAACAAUGUCGGUUCGGACUGCACGGGGUCAGAAAGGACGUACGCUUUGUGCAACACGGAGAGCUGCCCGGACGGCUCGCGCGAGCACCGCGAGGAGCAGUGCGCGCAGCACGAGCAGCGCGAGUUCGAGGGCCGAAUGCACAAGUGGGUCCCGUACUACGGAGCCCACAAUAAAUGCGAGCUGAACUGCAUGGUGCGCGGUCACAACUUCUACGUGCGCCAAGCGGAGGUCGUGGCGGACGGCACGCCCUGCGAGCCGGGCGGCCGAGACGUGUGCGUGCAAGGGGUGUGCCGGACCGUGGGCUGUGACGGGAGGCUCGAGUCCGGCCUGGUGGAGGACUCGUGCCGCGUGUGCGGCGGCGACGGCUCCUCCUGCGUCCCCGUCACCGGCGUCUUCAACAAGCCCGAAGUGCCCCGGGGCUACGUUCAAAUCCUUGUCAUCCCGGUCGGAGCGACGAACAUCAAAAUUCAAGAAUCGUCUGCUUCUAGAAAUUACCUGGCCAUCAAGAACCCGCUCGGCCACUACUACCUGAACGGGCACUGGACGAUUGACUACUCUCGCUCGUUCUCGGUCGCCGGCUCCGUGCUGCGCUAUGAGCGCCGCGACGAGAGGGACGACUCCCCCGAGGUGGUGACCGUCCUGGGGCCCAGCACCGAGCCGCUCGUCGUGGAGCUGAUCGGCCAGGAGCGGAACCCCGGGGUGCAGUACGAGUACUACACGGUGUACGACGCAGAGGAGCUGUCCCGUCGCGGCAUCUGGAGCCACAGCUCCUGGAGCCACUGCAACAUGGACUGCGGCGGAGGACAGCAGACGCGAACGGUGUACUGCACCCGGGACAACGAGGUGACGCACGAGCACUUCUGCGGCGAGCCGAGGCCUCGCAGCAACCAGAGCUGCAACACCCACGCCUGUCCACCCGGCAUGUGGUUGUCGUACAAGUAUAGGCCAGAGGAAUGGAGCUCAAAGCGAGCGGCCAGUUCAUCCACCUACAGGUGGCAGGCGGGCGCGUGGGGGCCGUGCUCGGUGAGCUGCGGCACGGGCGUGCAGGCGCGCCCGGCGUCGUGCCUCCGCGAGGAGGGGCGCUCGGGCCAGCUGGCCGUCGUGGACUCCGUGCUGUGCUCCGCCACGCUGGGCGAGGGGCCGGCGGCCGAGCAGGCGUGCUUCCAGAGGGCCUGCCCCGAGUGGGUGGUCGGGGAGUGGUCCGCCUGCUCGGUGCGGUGUGGGCCGGGCCAGCAGACGCGGGAGGUGACGUGCGGCUCGAACGACGUGCACGGCUGCGGCGACAGCAAAUGCGUCUCGACAACGCGGCCGUGCAACCUGGGCCCCUGCCCCACGGCGCAGUGGGUCGCCAACAGCUGGAGCCCCUGCUCGGUGUCAUGCGGCGAGGGCGUCCAGCUACGCAUGGUAUUCUGCUCCACGGCCGUCGGAUCGCAGCAGCAGCAGCAGACGGUGAACGAUGGGCAGUGCUUGGGGCUGCGGCCCCACGACUCCCAGAUGUGCUCAGAGGCUCCGUGCGAGCAGACGUUCAGCUGGUUCAUCGGCCCGUGGGGCCUGUGCUCCGUGAGCUGCGGCAAGGGAAUGCGCAAGCGGCAGAUCCUCUGCUUCAACCAGGAGCAGCUGAGCCAGGAGUCGGGGCUGUGCCGCUUCCUAGAACGCCCCACUGAGUGGGAGCACUGCAACAGCCAGGCCUGCUACCUUCCUCAAGAGGUGCCCAGCAAAGCAGACCCCCGGGGCUACGACUCCACGGACCAGUCCGUCGCCCUGCAGCCCCAGAGAAACAACGCAUACUGGCCCGCCGCUGAGACCCAGAGCUGCACAACCUCACGGCACGGCUGCUGCCCCGACGGCGUGCUGGAGGCACAGGGUCCCAGUUUCUGGGGCUGCCCAGGCUACGCCCCGAGUGACGCUAGGGUCCCCAAUGGGCACGACGCGCCGCAGGUCAACAACAACAACCACAACAACCACAACGGCUACAACAACAACGGCUACAACGACGGAGGAUCCAGCAAUGGUUACAACCGGAACCCGGGCACCUACGAGAAUGGCGGAGGCUGCUGGCAGAGCGCGUACGGAUGCUGCCGUGACCUCGUGACCCCCGCCCGGGGCCCCGAGUUGCAGGGCUGCCCGCAAAGCUACGCGAGUAGCGGCGACCCCGUGUGCGGACUUCCCCUGGACAGCGGCACCUGCUCUGAUUGGUCGGCCAAGUGGUACUUCGUGGCCGACUCGUCCGUGUGCAACCGCUUCUGGCACAGCGGCUGCGGCGGCAACGCCAACCGCUUCGACUCGGAGGAGGAGUGCGUGAAGGCGUGCGCCCACGUCGGGGCGCACAUGUCGCACCACGCCGGCACCCACCACGGUGCCCAGCAGCACAACCAAGGCGGCCACAACGGCCACAACGGCCACAACAAUGGCCACGGCGGUGGAGGGAACAACAACAACAACGGCGGUCAUGGUGGCGGUGGCGGUAAUAGUGGCAGCCAUGGCAAUCAACAGGGCAGCCACUCCAGCAGCAGCAACAGCCAAUACAGCUACACGUACACCAACUACAGCACACGGGUGCUCAACCAGGACCCGGCGGUGGUGACGGCUCGGAUCGGCCUCCCCGUGCAGCUGCACUGCUGGGUCGCCGGCAACGUGAGGCCCUCCAUGGAGUGGCUGAAGGACGGGCGGCCCAUCUCCGAGCAGAGCAGACGGUACACGGUGCUGUCCAACGGCACGCUGCAGGUUGCGGACGUCCUGCAGAGCGACAGCGGCCUCUUCACCUGCCGCGUCACCACCGCUCGCGGCACCAAAUUCCGCAACAUCAACCUCGUCAUAUCCGGUGAGCUGCGCAUCGUGAAGGCCCCGAGCAGCAUGCACGUGUCGGAGGGUCAGCACGUGGAGCUGCCCUGCACGGCCUCCGACAAACGGGCCUUCAUCCAGUGGACACGGGACGACGUGGAGGUGCAGCUGUCGGAGGGGCGCGCUGCGCUGGGCGCCGACGGCGAGCUGGUGCUCUUCUCGGCUCGCGCCGGCGACUCGGGCCGCUACGCCUGCGUGGCGACGCUGGGAGGAAUCGUGGCGCGCUCGCCGCCCGCCGACCUGCUGGUCGGGGCCACCGCCCGGCGGCCCAUCAACGUCCGCUGGAGCCAACGGCGCGGGAAGAGGGAGAAGCCGAGGCGCGCACUGGGGCAGAGGGAGAGGGCGCACGGGGUCGCCCGUAGGGUAUGAUGCGCGACGGGACGGCCGGAGCGUCGUAGCGGUCCGCUACCGACUCGGGCGGGUCCUCGCGUCCUCGCGAGCGUGCGCGAAUGCGGCUGCGCGAUGGGAAACACGGUGGGCAGGAUUUGAUCAGGCUUCGUACGUCGCGAAAUCUAAGUUAUUUGCGAUUGUCGCGACCGUAGUGAUGUCGGCGCAAUUUGAAUUUUGCAUUUGUCGCAUUUUUGUGCUUUGACGUACUUCCGAGCAUGAAUGAAGAUCGAUCAAAAGUUGUUAAUUUGCAUGAAACGCAACAUUAGCCUGCCAUGAAUCUUAUUGCAACUUUACAAUCUAUAACGCUUAAAAUGCUGACAUAGAGCGAUGAUGUUAUAACCACCAGGCUGUCAGUUUAUUCGGAAAUCAUCUUACAAAACACAAUUUUAUUGGGUCAUUGUGAUGUUUGUCUUUAUGUAAAGUUUUAUGUAAAAAUAUAUCGUGGGUGCUUCAAAAAAAUGUUAACAUUUAUAUAGGACUAUCGUUUUUAUUAGAAAAAUAACGGAUAAUAAACAUAACAAAUGUAAAAUGUUAAUAGCUUCAAAACGUUAAAGAGUCUCCACUUCUUCGCCAUCAUUGUCAACACGCGCCUGGAAUCUUCUCCAGGUGGUCUCCAGAGCUCGGAGGCAUAUUUAUUGUGGUAAUGUUGCAAAUUCUCGUAAGUGUUAACAUUUUUUGAAGCACCCUAUACUUAGAAAAUACAUAAUUCACUAUAAUAAUCACGAUACGAUCCCUAGCAAAACAAACUAAACAAAUAUCUUGGAGUUUAUGUCGCUUGAUAUAUUGUAGUAUCAUGUCACGGAAAACCUUAUUCUGGUAAAAAAAAAAUACACAGUUUGUAGCGGGCGAGCUUUUCACACGCCAGAGAAUGUUUCUUUUCCAGUUGGUGGAAAAAACGUCACUGUCCGGCGCUAACGAUUGGGCAAAUCGCCUGGGUUAACGAUUCUUAAGCUCCAGUUCCCGUCACUCACCCCCACGGUGCAGCUGUCGGCGAUGACCCAAUCGUCAGGCGCAUGCAGAGUGUCACGACUAGAAGUGCACCGUCACAGCUGGAAUGCUGCAUUAUGGGGCAUUGCGAGGACUGGACUUUGAGAAUCUCUGGCCUAGAUGAUGCAUUUUUUAACCAUUUCCUCACAAUGUAAAUCUUGGCCUAGUGUAGUUUUUCAGUUUUCAAUCCGAGCAAUUAUUUGUUAUUUUCACACUGAUAACUGUGCUCCAUCACUGCGUGCGCUCUCACAAUUGUGCCACGCACGUCUGAUGUGUGUUUUUGUUUUAGUCGCAUCGCAUGUUGUGUGGCCAAAAUGUCUGACGAUUUGGAACUGCGCUGCGUAUUAUUUGAAUGUCAUCAUUGUGCAGUCGCUGGCCAUCAGUGACAUUUUCCGUAAUCUCACCAGUAUUUCAACACUAUUCACUUGAGUGUUUUAAAUCUACAUCAGUCAUGGAAGCAUCAUUUUCUAGGAAUGAAUUAAGAUUUUCUUAAAAUGUCGUUCACCCCCCCCCCCCCCCCAAUUAUCUUGCAAUUGUGUUAUUGCCAUCUUGGUGUGAGGUGACAAAAUUCGAAUUUGGAACUCUUCAGCUAGCAGUGCACCACCCUGUGCCAGGCAAUGGCCAUGCCAGGUGACUUCACCUGAGUAGAUUACUUUAUCGAUAUUAGUGGUCCAUCUUUGUAAGGGAACUUGAUUUUUUUUUAAGUGUGUUCUUUUAACUUUAAGCAUUGGGCGUCUAAUUCAUUUUUUUGUGGCAUUCCUGUGUGCACCGGUAGCCAGUGCUCUUGCGCUAGGCUUACAAGGCCGGUGAAGGCCUCAUCUAGGUUUGGCCUACGGGAAGCACAAGGCCAUUGAAUCCACUCCCAACGGUGGAGAUUGCCUCCUCAACAUUUGGCCAGAGAUUGAUCGCAGCUCUGAAGGGUGUGCGCACGGGUGCCCAACUCAUCCUCUGUCAGUGUUCGGUAGGGCAUCAUUUGAGCCGGAGCUGUCCGAGGCUGAGCUCCAGAAAAUAUUUUCCUGCUCCCCCUUACCUCCGCUAUUGGGAGAUAAUGGCGGUGGUCUGGGGGGGGGGGGUUGUGGUUUGGGGGGACCCCAGAAGAUAAUCCGUGAGAAAUUAAGCCCCUGGUGUUGGGUGUGAUUGGACACGUAUGUUGUAUGUAUGUUGAACUUCUUUCGCACCGUAUGUAGCCAACUGCACUAAUUGGAGGCGCGACACAUCAGUCGUGGUGAUAUUUCGUUUUGUGCAUUUUUUUAAAUUUUGGCUUCUAUUAACCUAUUUUUGAAAUCGUCUCCCGCAAAUUGGCUUGCAUGCUAAUUUAUAGUGACGAUGUUAACCACUAUAAAUCGUAUAUCAGCUAGUUUGCAGGUGCUAGGUAGAUUGAUGCAUCACAGGAAUUGGCUCGUGAUGAUGACAGUUGUUUUUUUUUGGCUGGUGAUGAUGCAGCCCUGCCUUUAGGCAUGUCAUGAUGAAUCGAACCAUCAAUGAAAAUUGGUGAGCCAUUAGAAAUAUCACAUGUGCACGUGCUCAUGUGUGCGAGCGGAGGGUGGUUGGGGCCUGUGUGUGUGUGUGGUGGUUAGCGCAACUGCGCGUUCAACCCAGCCACCUGAGUUCAAUUCCUGGCCAUGGCUAAAAAACAGUGGAGAAUAUCUGCACCAAUCCUGGACCUCAGCCUUCAAUGACUACCUGGUGCGGUGUGUAAACAAUGGCACUGGAGAAACAAAGGCGGCUGGGCAUGGUGCUGACGACACCAUCCCCCUUGUGCACCGUGCUGGCCUUAAUAGGUGCUCGCUAACAGCACUCGCCACCCCCCCCCCCCGUCUGUGAAAGGCUACACGAGGGAUAUUUGCGCAUCGGUAGGAGACGCGAUUAUGGAAGAUGUUAGGUUAAGGAUUAGAUUUUUAAAAAUCCUUUAUUUUAGGCUUUUCUUUUCCUGUAAGAUGAGCUGAGAUGGAAAGGACUGUGUUGUGCCUGUGUUUCGAGAAAUGCCGUCACCGGUGACUUUCUUCGUUUGAUUUCUUUAUUGUGCUGAAAAGUACGAGGUAUUUAAUUCAUUUUCUUAAAUUCCAACCCCCGACUUCUGUCCAGCCAGCAUUAUGAAUGAGUUACACCACAGAGAGUGGAUCGGCAGGUCGCGUUUGGUGGGGUAAAAGUGCCGGUGCUUCCACCUCUUCCAGUGUGGAAGAUGUCUCCGGUCGGUGUGGAAGAGUAGGCCAAACAGCCUCUGAAGGGGUUCUUCGAGAGCUCCCUUGAGCAAAGAUAUCAUCCGCCAGCAACGGUGCGAGCAAGCAUUUGCAGGGCCGCACCUUUAUCUUUUUCCGACUUCAUUCUUAAAAGUGUAACGGGAAUAUAACGUUGGAUUUGAGCGUCACCUUCUGAGCGUGUGUCGUUAUUUCCGAGCUUAUUGCAUUGUGCGUACGGCCGAGUUGAGCUUGCGGGUGGCUAUCACCGAAGGUGACGUGGAGAGAUGUACAUAUUGUUCGUUCGAGUUGUGUUAUCGAACGCCGUCGAGAGAUGCAACAAUGUGAAUUUCGACCGGGUGUAUUCGGUGGCAAGUCUGCGCGAGGAUGAGCGGUGUAAACAGUCGACUGACGGCGUGUUUGACAAGAGCGUCUGAAAGUAAGCUGGGAUGGAAAGGAAAACAAACCCAGCGUGCAGUUUAAAAACGAUUUCAAGUGCUUAUAUUUUUUUAUUUUUCAAACGUUUUAUUUUCAUUUUAAUCCGUGUAUUCAACAAAGGCAAAAUAAUCCCGUGGCUGAGCGCCAAACGGAAAUAAAAAAAUCCCUUAAAACACAUUUUUUGCCAAGAUGCGCGCGCUUGCACGCCUAGUACCCUCACAUGUACGUACCUUGUAAUUUCUUUUUAGAAAAAAAAAUAUCUGUAAAUUCACCUCCGUUUGCCGUUUAAAUAAAGAACUUUUCACACUA